UGGUUUCACAGGCUGUUUUUGAAAGAAAACAAGAGCCAUUUGAAGGCUGAUUUUCCCAAGUACGCGCUCCUCUAUUCUAGGAAACAAUCAAAAGAACAAGAGGCGGCUGAAGACAAAACUCUGCAAACGCCUGCAUCAGUGAUGUGUGCAGGCACCCCGUAGGAGGAGGGAAAGACGGGGAUUCCCCUUUCCUAAGAGGCGUCUGCACCUGUUGACACUCUGACAUUGUUUGCAGCUGAAGAACCGCUGAGUCCUGGAUUUCUCCGCUGGUGGUCAGACUCGGGAAGCUUCCUAUUUCACUUUUGCAGAAAAAUCUGUGAAGUUUGAACAAGCAGCCUUCCCAAGAUGUACCGAAUAUCUCAACUGAUGCCAACGCCAGUGGCAAGUAAAUGUCCCUCUGGGUCCGAGAGAGAGUAUGCUGGAGGACUGUCUCCCACGUGCCUGUCCCCAAGUUUUGCCUGUGAUUUCCUGGAUGGUGACAGUUCCUUUGACUGCUGCUCCAUAGAUCCCCUGACAGGAUCCCACCUUCCCUGUCGCCGAAGUCCCAGACUCCUCACCAACGGCUACUACAUUUGGACAGAGGACAGUUUCCACUGCGACAGAGAUGGCAACAUAACUCUGAGCCCGUCCCAGACCAGUGUGAUGUACAAGGAGAACUCAGUUAGAGUUUUUAGAAAGAAAAAGAGAAUCCGCCGUUCUUUCUCUUCUCUCUUCACCCUCGGUGCCUCUCAAUCCUGGCUGCACGGCAGUAUCUUCGGUGAUGGUGACUGUUCCCCAGGUGAGGACAGCUGGUUGGAGAGAGUCAGCAGGCUGGACGUGCACCAUGGCAAUGGAAAUGGAGGUGGGUUCGCCUGUUCCCUAGCUGAUGACUGGAAGUCGGAGAAGCCGAAGGCAGAGUCUGUGAAAGCCUCCUCCUCGGGCCACGUCACAUCUCAGACUCCAGGAGAAAACUCCCACAAUGCAUCCCUCUGGUCCCCGUGGGUGGCUUCUGAACAUUGCCAAGGGAACAUUCUGGAUCAGUCAAAAACCAGUUUCUUGGGAGAGAUCUCCUUUCAAACAAUUCUGCUUGCUGCAUGCUUGAUCAUUUCUGCAUGUGCAAGGUGGUUUCUGGGAGGAGUGUUGGCCAGCCUCUUCACGUGCUCCCUGACGGUCACUGUUGCUUAUGUUGUCAAGUUGCUGUUCCUCAGCCUUGCCAGCUACUUCAAAGCCACCCCCUGUGCUAGGUUGGCCAAAAUUUGACAACCAUUCAAGAGUGUCUCUGCUGAAUGUCUUCCAUCUGAAUAUCCGGAAAUUGUCCCAUUUGCGGUCGGCUUGGAAUCAACCGCUUUAUUGGAAGGGAGCAAGCAAGCGGAUACUUAAGAAAAACCGUUUUAAUUUGAUUAUGUGAUUAAAAAAAAAAAUCCCAGCUUUGCCCUCAUAAUUGUCCUAGGUACAUGAAAAUCAUAUGAAAUCACCUGUCCCUUGCAAACACUAGCAGUGGAAGGGAAGGACCUGAAAAGUGUGAGGGAGAACACACGGCCGGGGAAAUAUCGUCCUGUUGUUCCCUAAGGCCGUGGUCCUCAAACACUAAUUCCAUCAGAGAAUUCUACAGGGAACUUGUAACAGUGCAGAUUCCUGGGCCUGCCCCCAGGGACCCAUCCUUUGCUCAGCUGCUUUAGUUAAAAAAUGAAAGCAAGUUUAUAUAACCAAUACCAACUUGAAAGCAAAUAAAUGCAGUUUAUACUUAGAAUGGAGUGUGGCAAAAGUCGUUAUUUCCCCAAAGGAGUGGCUCAGAGUUGGGUGGCUCAGUAGAUGGUGGCCAAUGGAAAAUGAGCAGGACGAUACUAUUUGGGGGAGGGUACAUUCUUCUUUUGAACCAUUGUCUUGACCAAGUUUUCAACCU